CAGCGGCCAAUUCCAAAUUUACAAGCGACUACAGGCAAUAGAAGCUUUCAGGAAAGUUGGUACUCGAAGAAAGAUUGGCUUUGUUGUAGCUCAGAAAAGAAUGCAUUGUUCUGUUGGCCUUGUCUUUUAUUUUGCCCUGGAUCGUCAUCUUCAUGGACGCAGACGGGAUUCAAAAACAUGAAGAAUUUCCUAUCCGAUUGUAAGAAGCAUGAGAAGGCAAAAUCGCACAUGGGUGCCUACAAGACCUGGAAGACCUACGGUUUUCAGCCUCGUAUCGACUGUCUCAUGUCACAAACUAGACGUGAAGAGAUUCAGCGUCAUAACGAGGAGGUUGAUGAGGCAACUGAUGUUUCUACCCAAGAACAAUUGAGUGUAAUUGUUCGAAUGGACAAAGGGGAAAGUGUCAUUGAAAGACAGCUUGGGUUUGUUGAUGUUAGUUGUGAUAGGACUGCAACUGCUAUAUCAUCAGUGGUUAAGGGUUGGGAUGAUGAAACGUUAAGUAAGGUUACUGGUUUACUUGGCUACCUUAAUGGCUUCUUGUUUUGUUUCUUGGUACAUGUUUGUCAGAGAAUUCUUGAGCAGUCAUCCAUACUUUAUUCUAUCUUGCAAGACAAGGACACUGACUUUCAUUAUGGAAUGAGUAGGUUUGAGAGAUUCAAGGCCUUUGUUGCUUCUCUGAGAAAUGAUACAGAAUAUUGUCAGGUGUACGACCUGGCUGUUGAGAAAGUGGGACCACCAGUAACCAGUUCCAUUAUCAAUCUAGUAUUCCAGAAGUUAAAGAUAAAUGGGGUUUUGUCAAUUACAAGUGCUUCAGUUCAGAGGAUUUCCAUUCACAAAGACAUACUGUCAGAGAAAGAAGACGCCAACACAUUGCAUGAUGAGGUAGUAAAGAAGUUCAUUGAAAAACCACGAAGACUUGCUUUUUUAUACAAAUAGGUAUUCAUAUAUGGCUGAUAACAAGCUGAUGAUGUCUUACGUCCAUGGCAUGUGAGAAUUUUUCCGGGAACUUUUUAAUGCAGUCAAUUAUGAUUGUCAUUUCAGCACGACAAUUUCAUCACAACUUUUGAUAGUUGUUGAUGACAAAUCUGAGCCUUUUUCGGUUCUUUUGUCAAAGUUUCUUUACAAGAUGUACAUAGGUAUCUAUUUAUGUAU